AUGGUCACACUGCAGAACAACGCCGAACCUCCAAUGCCCCUCAGCCUUCAUUGCCAUCUCACGGAUAUCCUGUCAUUCCCAACCGAGAGCUACCGCAGCUUCCCCCUGAGGGUCCAUAUGGCCGACAAGGAAGCUUGCCAAAAUAUCGACCUCGGAUGUCUUUCCCGCCGCAAGAAGCACAUAGCAAUGGGGAUCCUUCGCACUCACUCCCUCCAGCCCAAUAUCCCACCACUGCCUCUCACAUGUCCCAUACCCCCGCUCCUUACGACGCCGGAUAUUAUCAGAGUCAAGCCUAUGGGAUUCGUCAGCGCAAGGCUGCCCGAGCUCAACAGACAAGAAAAGGCUACCCAGCUCAUUCUGGAUAAACUACAGCUAGUUCAAGAUUGGCUUGACGAGAAGGUGUCCAACCUUCACAAAGUCCAGGUUGACCAUGGGAAUUAUUUAGCGCAGCAAGGGUUGCAGUUGAAGCAAAUUGCCGAAUCAGUAACUUUGAAGCCCAAGGCCAAACUUACCCACGAACCUCACAAGCAAUCAGUCCAACGUCUACUGAAGCAGGAUAACUUCGACCCUUUGCAGGACUCGAAGACCAAGGAUGAGAAUAUUCCUGUAACUGCAGGACAAGAGUUAAACCCAGACGAACCUGCCACAAUUCCGGCCCCUGGCGAGGAAACUCUGGAGCCUGGGGAGGAUGGUGAGCUUUCGAUCCCAGUGGAGCACACAACGGCGGCACACAAGUUAUUGAUGUGGCCGUCCAUCAGGAGACUCCUGCUGCCUAAAGAAUAUGACGAAGACUAUGUAAUGAAGCUUGAGGAGAAGCGAGGUUUGAUUCGUGUGUACGGGCGGGGAGAAGGUGACGAUACGAGUGAUGAUGUGGGAAUGCCAACAGCGUCAGUGACACCAAAUCCUGGCCCAGAUGACAAUUAUACACACACUUCCUCACCCAACGGACCUUGGGGAGUGGGUGCAGCCUCUACUCAACAGAAACUUCUGGACAAUGGCCUCGAUGAAAGUGGUACCCUGACUACAGACGCGGAAACAGUUCGCCGAUAUCACCAGAGUUAUAUGGAGCACAUCCAUAGACUCCAUCCAUUUCUCGACCAGAAAGACUUGGAUAAGAAGAUUGAUCUUUUCAUUAAGAUGUACUGUCCACAAUCCACGUCGGAUUCUCCGUCUAUAUCGAACAGCAAUAACACAGGAGAUUUGCCACGGGGAGCAAAACGGAAACGUUCUUGCGAAAAUCUACAGGGCACAGCAUGUGACCUGCAGUCCCCUAUUGGCAACAAGUCUGAACGCACGAGCAGCCGUCGUAUUGAGAGAUCUGUUGGAAACGCCAUUAUUCUUUUAGUUCUCGCGGUUGGCAGUAUAUGUGAAGUUCGCAUCGUUCCUGGACCUGUCACAGAUACCCCUGUGGACUUCCGAAAGGAACGUAUCCCGGGUCCUACAACUCGUAGUGGUUUAUCACCAGCAGGUUCCGAUUCUGUUUACCAGAUGCAAAGCAGCUUGUAUGCACAAAGGAGUCGUACGUUUCCCUCAUUGUCCCUAAUCGACGGGCGACAAAAUGUGUCAGGUCACUCAUCAGCUUCAGACGAUCGACACCUCAGGAAUCUGGAUGUUAUUCCUGGCCUAGCCUACUACGCUUAUGCUACCCAAAUUAUUGGAAGCCUUCAAGGUGCGAAUGGACUGCCUCACGUCCAAGCUGCUCUGUUAGCAGGGCUCUAUGCUGGUCAACUGGCGCAUCCUUUCCAGAGUCACGGAUGGCUCUACCAGGCUGCUAGAGCCUGCCAAGUGCUAGUUCGAUCGAAGCGGUAUGAGCAAAUGAAUGACGGUCCCCUGAAAGAUCUUUAUAAUUUUGCGUAUUGGACUUGCUUGCAAUUGGAAAGUGAUAUAUUGGCAGAACUCGACCUUCCGGCAAGUGGUAUAUCGCGCUCUGAGGCCCGCAUCAAACUACCGAAGGGCCUAUUUACCCUUUCACUCCCUAAUGAAAUUUCUGCCCCAAGCACUAUGAUGAUGUUCUUUUACUCCGCGCAGAUCCAUCUCAGAAAAGUUCUUAAUUGUGUUCACACCGAUCUAUAUAAGGUUGAGAAACAAGGCCAGAACCGCUGGUCCUCCAAUGUGCUAGAAAUUCUAAGCAUGAAUCUUGAACUCUGGCGAAGCAGCCUUCCGGACAUAAUGAAAUGGAAAGAUGCUGACCCACCAUCUAAAGACAUCAAUAUCGCUCGCAUGAGAGCCAAGUACUAUGGUGCCCGGUACAUCAUCCACCGGCCUCUUUUGUACCAUGCGCUUCAUUUUGCCGGGCAUGCUGAUGCCAGUGCAACGUCGGUGGAUUCACCUGGGUCUGCUUUGUCCGGCUCCAAGUCCCAGCAGGUCUCACCGUCAAUGACGCACAGUCAGCGUGCUACAAAUAUGACCGAAGGGAUGCCGUAUCGUGAUCUACCCAACAAGUUGCGAAGAGCCUGUAAAGUUUGCAUUGAUGCUGCCAUUUUGAGUACGGAGGCCUUUGAUGGAAUUGACGGCCGUCCAGUGGUAACAAACAUCUUUGGAACAGCUCAUGCACAAUUUGGAAAUAUGUUAGUACUAUCUGCAACCUACAUGUCAAGCCUCUCCGAACUGGUGGAGCGAAAUGAUCUUGAGCGACUUCUCAAGCGGACAAUCAGAUUUCUUUUGCAGAGUCGCUUUAUUUCUCCUAGUCUGCGCGCUGAUGCCCAAAUACUUACUGAGAUAUACGAAAAAAUUUUCGGCGAGCCAGCAGGAAGCUUUUCAUCGAGUCACUAUUAG